AUGAAGGGCCGGGUCACACUACGCACGACAGCAGUCGGGCCCCUUGGGGUGGACAGAGCCACACCACAUGAGUGCCGCAAGGCCCUCAUCUCCCUGUAUGGGGGAGUCUAUGCAAUAUUAGUUAGUCACCCUCCUGCUCCCAACGAUCACCUAACACCAACACCCGUAUCAUACACAGCUGGCUUCUACAGGAUCCCUGUCAUUGGUCUGACAACACGCAUGUCUAUAUAUUCUGAUAAGAGCAUCCACCUGUCCUUUUUGCGGACGGUCCCACCAUACUCUCACCAGGCCAACGUCUGGUUUGAGAUGAUGAGAGUCUUCAACUGGAAUCACAUCAUUCUGAUAGUCAGUGACGACCACGAAGGUCGUGCUGCACAGAAGAAGCUGGAGACCCUCUUGGAGGAGAGAGAGUCCAAGAGUAAAAAAAGGAACUAUGAAAACCUCGACCAACUUUCCUAUGACAACAAGCGAGGACCCAAGGCUGAGAAAGUGCUUCAGUUUGACCCUGGAACCAAAAAUGUGACAUCGCUGCUGCUGGAGGCUAAGGAGCUGGAGGCUCGUGUCAUCAUCCUUUCUGCCAGUGAGGAUGAUGCGGCCACGGUGUACAGAUCAGCAGCCAUGCUCAAUAUGACGGGCUCCGGCUACGUGUGGCUGGUGGGGGAACGGGAGAUAUCGGGCAAUGCCCUGCGUUACGCCCCUGAUGGAGUGAUCGGUUUGCAGCUCAUCAAUGGGAAGAACGAGUCAGCCCACAUCAGCGAUGCUGUCGCGGUGGUGGCCCAGGCCGUGCACGACUUGUUUGAGAAGGAGAAUAUCACAGACCCGCCACGGGGCUGCGUGGGCAACACCAACAUCUGGAAGACGGGCCCCCUUUUCAAGAGGGUGUUGAUGUCCUCCAAAUACUCAGAGGGUGUCACUGGACGGGUGGAAUUCAAUGAGGAUGGGGACAGGAAGUUUGCCAACUACAGCAUCAUGAACCUGCAGAAUCGGAAACUGGUCCAAGUUGGGAUUUACAACGGCAGCCACGUCUUGACCAACGACCGGAAGAUUAUCUGGCCAGGGGGAGAAACUGAGAAACCUCAAGGCUAUCAGAUGUCGACCAAGUUGAAGAUUGUGACGAUCCAUCAAGAGCCCUUUGUGUAUGUGAAGCCCACGCAAGCAGAUGGGACAUGCAGGGAGGAAUUCACCAUCAAUGGAGACCCUGUGAAAAAGGUCUUUUGCACUGGACCCAACGAGACCAUCCCAGGCCGUCCCACCGUGGCACUGUGCUGCUACGGCUUCUGCAUCGACCUGCUCAUCCGGCUGGCAGGGGUGAUGAAUUUCACCUAUGAGGUUCACCUGGUGGCUGAUGGUAAAUUUGGUACCCAAGAGCGGGUUAACAACAGCAACAAGAAGGAGUGGAAUGGGAUGAUGGGGGAGCUGCUGAGCGGCCAAGCAGACAUGAUUGUGGCUCCCCUCACCAUCAACAACGAGCGGGCACAGUACAUUGAGUUCUCCAAGCCCUUCAAGUACCAGGGCCUCACCAUCCUUGUGAAGAAGGAAAUCCCCCGCAGCACCUUGGACUCAUUCAUGCAGCCUUUUCAGAGCACUCUUUGGCUGCUGGUGGGGCUGUCUGUGCACGUGGUGGCAGUGAUGUUGUACCUCUUGGACCGAUUCAGCCCAUUUGGCAGGUUCAAAGUGAACAGUGAGGAGGAGGAGGAAGAUGCCCUGACCCUCUCCUCAGCCAUGUGGUUCUCCUGGGGAGUACUGCUGAACUCUGGCAUCGGAGAAGGUGCUCCCCGAAGUUUCUCUGCCCGUAUUCUUGGCAUGGUGUGGGCUGGCUUCGCUAUGAUCAUCGUGGCUUCAUACACUGCCAACCUGGCAGCCUUCCUGGUGUUAGACCGGCCUGAGGAGAGAAUUACGGGCAUCAACGACCCUCGGCUGCGCAACCCCUCUGAUAAGUUCAUCUACGCCACGGUGAAGCAGAGCUCAGUGGACAUCUACUUCCGACGGCAGGUGGAGCUGAGCACCAUGUACCGGCACAUGGAGAAGCACAACUAUGAGAGUGCUGCCGAAGCCAUCCAGGCAGUGAGGGACAACAAGCUCCACGCCUUCAUCUGGGACUCAGCAGUGCUGGAGUUCGAGGCCUCUCAGAAGUGUGACCUGGUGACGACGGGGGAGCUUUUCUUCCGCUCUGGCUUUGGGAUCGGGAUGCGCAAGGACAGCCCGUGGAAGCAGAACGUCUCCCUGGCCAUCCUCAAGUCCCACGAGAACGGCUUCAUGGAGGAUUUGGACAAGACUUGGGUGAGGUAUCAGGAGUGUGAUUCCCGUAGCAAUGCCCCAGCAACACUCACCUUUGAAAAUAUGGCAGGUGUGUUUAUGCUGGUGGCUGGAGGUAUUGUUGCCGGGAUAUUUUUAAUAUUCAUAGAAAUAGCUUACAAAAGGCAUAAGGACGCGCGGAGGAAGCAGAUGCAGCUGGCGUUUGCGGCCGUUAAUGUGUGGAGGAAAAACCUGCAGGAUAGAAAAAGUGGUAGAGCAGAACCUGACCCUAAAAAGAAAGCCACUUUUAGGUCCAUCACCUCCACCCUGGCCUCCAGCUUCAAGAGACGUAGGUCCUCCAAGGAUACGCAAUAUCAUCCCACCGACAUCACCGGCCAGCUCAACCUCUCCGACCCCUCCGUCAGCACUGUGGUGUGA